AUGAAUGUCACCGCCUCUCACACACUCCCACUGGCAGAGGCCCGCCAUUUUGACGAAUGGUUCAGAAUAGCUAUGACGUGGAAGAUUGGAAAGAGUUACAGAUGUGUGUCCCCAGUAAAAGAGAAAAGCUUUGAUGGGAGCAAGGGAGAACCAGUGGGACUCUUAACACCGCCAGCUUCUCCCUUCAAGCCAAAAUCCCCGUCUUCCUUGGACUCUCCAGUGUCGACCCGAAAAAGCUCGAUCACAUCUUCCCUGGUCUCUCCUAUCUCUGAAUCAUCGUUACUGGCCCCAUUGUGCCUCACGCCACCAAUGGUAGUUACACUGCCCGAUUCCAAAUCAGCAGUUCAACCAAAGUCUACCUCAUCACAGGCAGUUGAUCUCCCUGGUUGUUCCAAAUCAUCACCACCUAUACUUCUCCCUCCUUCUCCUCCUCCAGAAAAAGCGCCAUUAUUCGAGAACGAGUUCUACGAAGUCAAAACUUCCCCAAAGGGCGGUCUAGGUUGUUUUUCCAAAGUGGAUAUUGAAUCCGGAACUAUGAUUCAUUCCGAGGAACCUUUGUUCUUAUCUUCAAUGGUGCAAAUAUACUAUAACUUUGAACAACUGACAGCGGAAAAACAAGCUGCCUAUCUAAAAUUGCAUUAUUGGCAGGGUCUUGCUGCUCAUAAGAUUCUUGCGAUUUUCCAGACUAAUCGUUUUCAUGUACCCGGUGGCAAAUCAGGGAUUUUUCUAAAUUCUUCUCGUUUUAAUCACGCCUGUCCUGGUUUCUGCAAUUGCACUUAUGGAUUUCGUAAAGAUAUCAACAAGAUGGUAUUCACAACCCUCAGUGAUAUAGCCAAAGGUCAAGAAAUCACAAUUUCUUAUGCGAAUGUACCCACUCAUUUGUAUCAAAACUACGGAUUCUUUUGUGAUUGUCCGGGAUGUCCUCCAGGGAGUUUUGCAUCUAAAAAAUUGGAAUAUGAGAAUGAUCUGAAAAGACAGGCAGAGAAGCCAAUUGACGAUGCGGACUAUUUGGAGCCGUAUCCGUAUCCAGGGAAUGAGGUUGAGGCGUGGGAGAAUGACAUGUUUGGGUGGUAA